CCCGCCAACCUCACUGACUUCUCUUCUUCGCCCGUUAGCUUGGAGCAGCUUGAUAAUCCCUCGUCAGUUGUGCUAACUGCGACCCCGUUGGAAACUAAAACUCCAUCCACUGAUUCUUUUACAACUACAACUGGUGAAUCGAAGUCGAGCAAGGACGUUGGGACCUCCAACUCCUCCACGAGCUCUGUCUGGCCAUUGGAUUCCAUAUGCUCAGACCUGCUGGCUGAUCUUUGGGCAACGCGAUGGGAAACGCGACACGGAGCUGCCUCUGGCCUUCGAGAACUUCUUUCAAGAUUUGAGUUAACUAGGGAGUCUGGCAAGUCGAAUGGUCAGACCAAAGAACAGGUGACAUUUCUCCUCUCAUUUAUACGUGACAUUAAGUCACGCAAUUCCUCGUACUCUAUAGCCACUUUUAAUCCAAAUUAA